UGCGUGCGUGACGCCGCGCGGCGCGAGGCGGUUUCUCCAGCGUGUGGCGCCCCCCGGCGGCAGCGAGGGCUCAAUGUGACAGCGGGACCUGAGCGCCGGCCAUGGAGCCGCAGAAAGAGGCGCGAACACUCGGGGACCCCGUCGCGCGGUCGUCGGGGCCCUCGAGGUCUCAAACGCCUAAAGACGAGGAGCGGCGGGACGGCGACACAGCGCCGGCGGAGGCUUCCCUGGACGCGGAGGCGGACGGCGCCUUGGCUGACAGCGCCUUUGCGGACGCGCUGUGGGAGCUGCCGGUAGAGCCCGCCGAGCGGAGGCCCGAGUGCAGCCGCUGCAGCCGGCCUCAGAAAGUAUGUUUGUGUCCAUUUCUACCGUUGCAUCCUCUGCACAUCUCUACUCAUUUAUACAUAAUUCAGCAUCCAGCCGAGGAAAGCAAGGUGUUGCGGACAGUUCCCCUAUUAGCAGCAUGCCUCCCCCAGGACAAGUGUAAAGUCAAGAUUGGUCGUCGCUUCAGUGAAGAAAGAGAUCCUGAACUUUCAACUAUUUGUCGGAAGUCUGAUACAUUAAUAUUAUAUCCAGGGGCCGAAGCUACUAAUUUGGAAGAAUUUAUAUUAGAAUCUCCUAUUUAUCCUUCCACAAUCAUCAUCAUCGAUGGUACAUGGAGCCAGGCUAAGGACAUUUUCUAUAAGAAUUCUUUGUUCCGACUCCCCAAACAGGUGCAGUUAAAAACUAGCAUUUCUAGUCAGUAUGUAAUUCGGACACAACCAACUAAUAGGUGCCUUUCUACACUGGAAUGUGCAGCUGCUGCUCUUUCCAUUUUGGAGAAAAAUAAUUACAUACAAGAGACUUUGCUUCGUCCUCUUCAAGCUUUAUGCUCUUUCCAGCUUCAGCACGGUGCUCAAAUUCGCCUCAGCAAGGAACACCUUCUGAAGAAUGGAUUAUAUCCUAAGCCAAUGCCAAAGAACAAACGCAAACUCAGGAAAAUGGAACUGUUAAUGAACAGUGUUAAAAUUUAGUACUGUUGUUUCAUGGUGCUAGUUAUGAUGUCUUCCACUGAUAAGACCAGGUGAAGUUUUCAGAAGAUUUAUGACUAUCUGAAUAAUAAGAUUGGCAUACUAAACUUGCCCAGAAGAAGGAAGUAAACCAAAUAACCAUAAAACAAAUAAAAAAGAAAAAUUCACUGACUCCAUUAAAAGCAAGGUUUCAUAGUGUAUUUGUUUUAAAAAAUGUGCCUCUAAAACAUUUUUUCAGAUCCAUUGUUUGAAAUGUGAUUAGUUGUUGAGUGAGGUUAGAAGUUCUUUUUUAUAAAAUGGAAAGAAAUUAUUGCACCUGAUCGGGGCAGUAGUCUUUUCAUUAAUUUAUAGAUAGGUGUAGAUCUCUAAUAGAGGGCGCUCAAAUCAAUAUGCAAUCCUGUACAUAAACUUUAUAGUUUUUAAUAAGUAACAAAAAUAAUGAUCAUCAGGUAGUUGAGAUUGAAUUAAUUUAUUUCCUAGAAUACUAUAACAGAAUAAGGAAACUAAAUAUAUUUUUUAGCUAAAUAUAUUCAAAUUUAGCUAAAUUUGAAUUCAGCUAUUUUGAUUUAAGUGUUCUACUAAUUGCCUGGAUUUUUUGGUAUUAGAGUACAAUUGGAGUAUAAAAUUAUAUUAGCUUCAGGUGUUCACCAUAAUAAUUUAGUCUUUAUAUACAUUGCAAAAUAAUCACCACACAAUAAGUCCAGUCAACAUCCCUACAUAUCUAUGAAAUUUUUUUUCUUAUAAUGAGAAAUUUUAAGAUACACUUCUUUAACAUCUUUCCAAUAUGCAGUAUUUGCAGUUUUGCAGAAUUAUUAACUAUAGUCACCAUGUUUUAUUUUACAUCCCCAGACUUUAUUUUAUAACUGGUAGUUUCUUCCUUUUGCCCACCAUUCACCCUCUGCCUCCAGCAACUGCCAGUCUAUACACUAUAUCUAUGAGCUUGGUUUUUUUUUGUGGUUUUUUUUUUUAAGGAUUCCACAUAAAAAUGAUAUCAAAUGAUACUUAUCUUUCUCUUUGUGACUUAUUUCACUGAGCAUUAUGCCUUCCAGGUCCAUCCAUGUUGUCAGAAAUGACAAGAUUUCAGUCUUUUUUUUAAAUGGCUUACUAAUAAUCCAUUUCAGUUAUCCUUUGAUGGCUGUUUAGGUUAUUACCCUACCUUGGCUGUUGUAAAUAAUGCUAUAGUGAACAUAGAGAUAUAUCUUUUCAAGUUAAUCCGUUUGUUUUCUUUGGCUAAAUAUCCAGAAAUGGAAAUACUAGACCAUAUGAUAGUUCUAUUUUUUACUUCCUAAGGAGCCUCCAUACUCUUUCCCAUAGUGGCUGCACCACUUCACAUUCCUGCCAACAGUGCACGAGGGUUCCCCCUCGUUUUCCAUGUCAGCCCUUGUUAUUUCUUGUCUUUUUAAUACUAGGCAUUCUGACAGGUGUGAGAUGAUGUCUUAUAUCUCUUUGUGGUUUUGAUUUGUAUUUCCCUGAUGAUGAGUGAUAGCAAUCAUCUUCUCAUGCACCUGUUGGCCCUCUCUAUGUUUUAGAAAAAUGUCUAUUCAGGUCCUCUGUACAUUUUCCCCCAUUUUUAAAUCAAAUUGUUUGUGGGUUUUGGUUUUUUUCUAUGAAUUAUAUGAGUUCUUUAUAUAUUUUUGUUAUUAACCCCUUAUCUGAUAUAUGAUUUGCAAAUAUUUUCUCCCGUUCCAUAGGUUGCCUUUUCAUUUUGUUGAUGGUUUCCUCUGUUGUGCAGAAACUUUUUAGUUCGAUGUAGUCCCCCUGGUUUAUAUUUACUUCUGUUACUUGUGCUUUUGGUGCCUGAUUUAAAAAACCAUUGCUAAGAUUGAUGUCAAAGAACUUACCACCUUUUUUCCCCUAGUUUUAUGGGUUUCAUUUCUUUUAUGCAAGUCUUUAAUCCAUUUGGAAUUAGUUUUUGUGUGUGGCAUAAGAUGGUCGUCCAGUUUCAUUCUUCUGCAUGUGGUUGAAGCUUUCCCCAGCAUCAUUUGUUGAAGAAACUGUCCUUUCCCCUCUUUCCCCUUUCCCCAUAUUUUUGGCUCCUUUGUCAGAAAUCAGAAAUCAUUUGGUCAUGCAUGUGUGGGUUUAUUUGGGAGCCCUGUUCUGUUCCAUAGAUAUAUUUGUGUGUUUUUAUGCCAAUACCAUACUGUUUCGAUAACUAUAGCUUUGCAAUGUACUCUGAUUUCAUACUCCCUCUUUGUUUUUGUUUCUAAAAGUUGCUUUGGCUCUUUGGGGUCUUUUAUGGCUCCUUCCAAAUUGCAGGAUUGUUUGUUCUCUGUCUGUGAAAAAAUGCCAUUGGACUGUUGAUACAGAUUUCAAUGACU